AUGUUGUCCGGAUUAAACGCAAUGAGGAAUCCAGCACAAUCCUGCUUCCGAGUUAUACCCGAUUAUAAAGCCUUGGCCAUUUCGAGGUCUUAUCAAUUGGUAUCAGAGCAACGAUUCUGGCAAAUCACUGUUUAUCGGAAUACUAUUCACGGUGUUGAGAUGGUGAACGUUGAUCGAAUCACUCGGCUGGAAACGGACUUGGCUAAACUCCACCAGGAUCUGAAAGACGACCGAGAGGCUAAUUCACAGCGGUUCAACCAGGUGAUGAAAGCUAUCACCGACUUGUCAGUUAAGUUAGGAGUUAAGUUAGAAAACUUGAACAACAAGGAAGAGGAAAAGAAGGUGGAUUCCAAGGGAUUCCAACAUAGAUCCAUUGAGGACUCUGAUGAGGAAAGCAAGGCAUCCGUAACAGAGAAGAGUAAGGGCAAGGAAGAAGAAGAAGAAGGAAACAAGAGCAAAUCUAGUAGUAAUUUCAAACAGGUUGACUUUUGGAAGAUCGAGAUGCCCAUAUUCAAUGGGGAAGACUCCCAUGGGUGGAUAUACCAGAUGGAACGCUACUAUGAUAUCCAAGGUACUAAACGCAUGAAACAACUUAAGAUAGCCUCUUGCAUGGUGGGAGUCACACUAGCUUGGUAUAGAUCAUAUGAAAAUCGAACAACUUUCAAGUCUAGGGUGACACUUAAACAAAGACUUUUAACAAGAUUUCAACCUUCGUAUAAGGGGACCUUCGAGAAGAUGGCGGGUCAUUUGGGCGAAUUUCCAAAACAGACCUUGGAAGGAACUUUCAUCAAAAGGCUAGAACCCUCACUCAAAUCAUCAGUAACGGCCAUGCAAUCCGUGGGUGUAACCAAUGCAAUGAGAUUAGCGGUUAUGAUCAAUGAAAACCGAGUUUAUGAGGAUAAGAUAGAAAAUUAUGGGGAGUUAGGAGACGAUCCACAAAUUCAACAAUAUUCAACUGAAGAACCAAUAUUUCCACCUUGA